AUGUCGUGUUGCGGAGAUGCAGAAGAGGAUUUUGGCGUUCCACCUGCAAACCAAUACAAUGCAACACCUGAAAAGGGUAAUGCAUACGGUGGAGGAGGAGGUGAUAGACGAGAGCCAAGGGGCAAUAUUGUGAAAAGUGGUGCUCCACAAAAAGAAUUACCAAUUGAGAUACCUGCUAUUUCAUUGGGUGACUUAAAUCAGUUAACAGACAACUUUGGUACAAAGGCUUUGAUAGGAGAAGGUUCUUAUGGAAGGGUUUACUAUGCAAAGAUGAGUGAUGGUAUGGAUGUUGCAAUCAAGAAGCUAGAUAAUACUUCUUCUCCUGAACCUGACUCUGAUUUUGCAGCACAAUUAUCAGUUGUUUCAAGAUUGAAAAGUGACCAUUUUGUGGAGUUGCUGGGAUACUGUCUAGAGGCAAAUAAUAAAAUUUUGGUUUAUCAAUAUGCGAGUUUGGGUUCUUUGCACGACAUACUACAUGGAAGGAAAGGAGUGCAAGGUGCCGAACCUGGUCCAGCUUUAAACUGGAACCAAAGAGUAAAAAUUGCAUUUGGUGCUGCCAAAGGACUUGAGUUUCUUCAUGAAAAGUGUCAACCUCCAAUAGUUCAUCGUGAUGUUAGAUCUAGCAAUGUCUUACUCUUCAAUGAUUAUGAAUCCAAGAUUGCAGAUUUCAACCUGACAAACCAAUCUUCUGACACUGCAGCUCGACUACACUCAACAAGAGUCUUAGGAACAUUUGGUUAUCAUGCUCCAGAGUAUGCAAUGACAGGCCAAAUAACACAAAAAAGCGAUGUUUAUAGUUUUGGGGUAGUUCUUUUGGAACUUUUAACAGGAAGAAAGCCUGUUGAUCAUACAAUGCCUAAAGGGCAACAAAGUCUUGUAACUUGGGCAACUCCAAGAUUGAGCGAAGACAAAGUGAAACAAUGUGUGGAUCCUAAACUAAACAAUGAAUACCCACCCAAGGCAAUUGCUAAAUUAGCAGCAGUUGCAGCACUUUGUGUACAAUAUGAAGCUGACUUCAGGCCAAACAUGACCAUUGUUGUCAAAGCUCUCCAACCACUUCUCAAUUCAAAACCAGCUGGCCCUGAUCCUAACUCUAACCCUAAUCCUAAUCCUAAUCCUAAUGCUUAA